UCUGCUUACAUCCACCUUCCCUUCUGCAAGCGCAAAUGCUUCUACUGCGAUUUUCCAGUUGAGGCAGUGGGCCGCGAUGUCAGCGCUCCAAGUGCGUGGGAAGUGGAGGCCCGAAUGCGGUCGUACAUUGACACGGUGCUGCGGGAGAUUGGGUCAACCAGGAGAAUAGGGAGCGGACCACUAACGACUGUGUUUUUUGGCGGGGGGACGCCCUCCCUGGUGCCUCCCCCGCUGCUGGCGUUACUCAUGGAGUCGCUAGAUGCUCGGUUCGGUGUGGCGGCGAAUGCGGAGGUGUCCUUGGAGGCCGACCCGGGCACCUUCGACGUGGAGCGGUUGCGGCAGUACAGGCAGUUGGGAGUUACCCGACUCAGCGUGGGGGUGCAGGCCUUUCAACAGGAGCUGUUGGAGGCGUGCGGCCGCGGCCACGACCUAGCUGACGUGGUGGCGGCCGUGGAUGCCGUACAGGCUGCCGGGAUGCCCUCCUGGAGUCUUGACCUCAUCAGCGGUCUUCCGGGCCUUACAGCGGAGGCAUGGAGGCACUCAUUACAGCGGGCGGUGGCGGCGGCGCCCGAUCACGUGUCAGUGUACGACUUGCAGGUGGAGGAGGGUACACCUUUUUCACGCUGGCAGCGGGCAGGCCGGCUACGGCUUCCACCGGACGAUGCAGCUGUCGAGAUGUACGGCGAGGCAUCGGAGCUGCUGCGGGCGGCUGGGUACGAACAUUACGAGGUCAGCAACUACGCCCGACGCGGCCACCGGUGUUCGCACAACCAGGUCUACUGGCGCGGGCUGCCGUACUACGCAUUUGGCCUAGGAGCCGCGUCGUACUUGGCAGGGCGGCGGUUCAGCCGGCCUUCCCGCAUGCGCGAGUACGUGGCCUGGGUGGAGUCGCUGGCGGCUGGUGGCGGAGGAGAGGGCUCGCUGCCGGGCGGCCAUUUGCCGGCGGAAUCGCAGGAGCUCUUACUGGACACCCUCAUGCUGCGGUUAAGAACCGCCGACGGCCUGGACCUGGUGGAGCUCCGAAACCGCUUCGGGACACAGGUCAUGGGCACGGUGCUUCGGGCCCUAGCGCCCCACGAGCGGCGAGGCACCGUGCGGGCACUAGACGGCAAGGACCGUGCAUGCUCCCUUUCGGCAGCGGCGCUGGAGGCGGCGGCAGUGACAUCGGCGGCUCCGGCCCCGGCGGUGGACCUUUCUGGAGCUGUCGGGUUUGGCGGCUGCGGUGUUCCGCGGGUUCGGCUGUCGGAUCCAGCGGGAUUUCUUCUUUCAAACGACAUCAUUUCG